AUGGAAAAUCUCUUCGAAUGUUUAUCAGAAAAGCCUUCUAAUGAAAAGAAGUUGAGAGUUCUGAUGUCUCUGAUAUUACCGGAAUACCAAAACCAUUUAGUACUGCAGGAUAUUCCCCACGUAAAGACUUUAGUCAGAUUGUGCAGGAUUCUAGAAGAUUCAGAGAAGACUAAGAGAGAAUUUCGACCACCGUCAAGUAAAAACGUUUUCGCAUUAGAACCUAGCCUCUUAUAUGCUGCGGAUAACGACAUCGAUAGUAAAGGAGCAUCAUCGAAUUAUCGCAGGGAAGACGCGGACAGACGUUUCCACGUAUCCAAAGGUCACCCAAACUUUAAAAGGAAUUCGUCCGAAUUCGCUACUGAAGUUCGCUGUUGGAACUGUGACAGAGUUGGUCAUAUAAAGCGUGACUGUAAGAAAUCGACAGGAACUCCUACAUGUUAUGGUUGCGGAAAGAAAGGAGUAAUUAGACCUAACUGUCUAAAAUGUCGCCAAACAAAAAACGCAAAUUCGGAGAACGACUAG